UCAAUAGCCACCUCCCUUUCCUCCUGCCCACACCCUUCUGAAAGACACAUGCAGUAUCAGACGCAGCUCUGGACUCGCUAAUAGAGAGACAUAGACACUGGCACGUGCAGCUUCUGGAACCGGCACACCCUGCUCUAAGCUCUCUUUCUCCACGUACAGCCAUCAUGUCUGACAAACCCAACAUGAGGGAAAUCUCCAGCUUUGAUAAGACUAAGCUGAAGAAGACGGAGACCAGAGUGAAGAACCCACUGCCAACCAAAGAAACGAUCGAUGAAGAGAGGAAACGAGAGCAAUCGCAUUGACCUGAGGAAGAGUUUCAGACAAGCUACUUUAAUUUGAUUAUCAAGCCCGUCUGCCGGGAACCUCCACUAUGACAAGACCUAGACUAUCACACUGGUGCUCAACAUGUCAAAUUCUAGAGGGGUACUAGGAUUGGCUUUUAGAGUCAGAGCCAGAGGAGUUUUUCCAAACACUUAUGGCUCUAUUUGUUUUGAAUGUCUUUCUGGCUACGUUUACACAGGCAGCCCAAAUAAAAAAAUCUUAUUUUCACCAAACAGAUCAGCUCUGAAAAAAAUAUCUGUGUUGCUGCCAGUGUAAACACCACCUUAGUCAGAGUAAUAAAGACGACAUUGAAAAAAAAA